AGUCCUGCUCCGUCCAUCCGUAAAUCGGCAUAAAGCGUUACCCUCCUCCUUCCCUCCCUUUCUAAAACCAGCUUCCCCAAUCAAUCACCUGGAGGUCUCUCUGUCUAGUAGAAUAAACUCCUCUGCCUUCUUUCUAAUUCUCUCUCCUCCUCCAACAAAAAAUCAAAUAAAAUUAAAUUCUCUCUCCUCCAAAAUUUUCAUGUAUGGAUGCAGGCGUUGCGAUUUUCCACUUGUGAACUCUGUAAAACCUCUCACUUAAAUCUCAAUUUCCUUGAUAAACCCUCGAAAAUCGUCUUCAUUCACAGAUAAGAUAUAAAAAACCAUGUCUAUUUCUUCAAUAGAGUGUACAUAUAUAUCGGAUGAUUUUCUCCAUCAAUUGAAAAAUGGAGACCCUAAUUUGAAAUUGGCCAAUCCUGUUCCUGUGCUUCGCUUCCUUUACGAGCUCGUUUGGUCCAUGGUUCAUGCUACCUUGCCGUUUCAGAAAUGUAAAGCAGCAUUGGAUGCGGUCGAGUUUUCGGUUGCAGUUUCCGAGGAAGAACUAGGUUCUUAUUUUGCUGAUAUUGUCACUCAAAUGGCUCUUGAUCUAACGAUGUCUGGAGAAUUUCGUGCUCGCCUAAUUAAACUGGCAAGCUGGCUUGUGGAGUGUUCUUUAGUUCCAGUGAGGUUCUUUCAGGAGCGGUGUGAGGAAGAAUUUCUCUGGGAGUGUGAAAUGGUCAAGAUAAAGGCUCAAGAACUGAAAUCUAAAGAGGUUAGAGUAAACACCCGUCUGCUAUAUCAACAGACAAAGUUCAACCUUCUUCGAGAAGAGAGCGAGGGCUACGCCAAGCUGGUGACCCUUCUUUGUGAGGGUUCUGGGGCUUUUAACUCAUCAUCCCCAACGAUUGGCACUAUUAAGUCAUUGAUUGGGCACUUCGACUUGGAUCCGAAUCGUGUUUUUGACAUUGUGCUGGAGUGUUUUGAAAUGCAGCCUCAAAAUGAUCUUUUUUUGGAUCUGAUUCCACUUUUCCCCAAGUCACAUGCUUCUCAAAUCCUAGGCUUCAAAUUUCAAUAUUACCAGCGACUGGAAGUUCCAAAUUCUAUACCUUUUGGGCUGUAUCAGCUUGCAGCUUUGCUUGUCAAGGAAGACCUUGUCGAUCUUGAUAGCAUAUAUGCACAUUUAAUUCCGAAGGAUGAGCAAGCGUUUGAAAAUUUCAGUGCUGCUUCAAUUAAGCGUCUUGAUGAGGCUAACAAGAUCGGGAAAAUAAAUCUUGCUGCAACGGGAAAGGACCUUAUGGAUGAUGAAAAGCAAGGAGACGUGACUGUUGAUCUUUAUGCUGCGAUAGACAUGGAAAAUCAAGCUGUCCAUGAAUCAGUCUCUGAGCUAGAGAACAGCCAGACCUUAGGCUUGCUCACGGGUUUCCUUCUUGUGGAUGAUUGGUAUCAUGCGAGUAUCUUAUUUGAGCGUCUCUCACCUCUUACUCCAGUGGCAUAUGGCCAGAUCUGUGAUGAGUUGUUCAGGCUUAUUGGAAAAUCAAUGUCCUCAGCAUAUGAUAGUGUCCGUAAACUGCAUUUAGUCAACUCCGUGAAUGGCCCCACAGCAUUGGAGACGACAGAUAUUUUGAGUAGCUCUCUAGUUUUGCUGCCCAAAGAGCUUUUUGAAAUGCUUGCUUGUGCUGGACCUUAUCUAUAUCGUGAUACUUUGUUGUUGCAGAAGGUUUGUAGAAUUUUGAAAGCCUACUACCUGUCAGCUCUUGAACUCAUUAGCAAGGGGGAUGGGACUCCAGUAUCUAUUGGCAAUGUCAGUGUUGUUCCUCGGUUGCAUUUAAGAGAAGCAAGGUCAAGGAUUGAGGAAGCACUGGCAUCAUGUCUGCUUCCUUCAUUACAGCUAGUACCUGCAAAUCCUGCCAUUGGCCAAGUGAUUUGGGAAGUGAUGAGUCUUCUUCCAUACGAGGCGAGAUAUCGUCUUUAUGGUGAAUGGGAAAAGGAUGAUGAGCGGAUACCUAUGAUUUUGGCAGCAAGACAAACUGCUAAGUUGGACACUAGGAGGAUCCUGAAACGGCUUGCAAAGGAAAAUUUAAAACAGUUGGGUCGUAUGGUUGCUAAGCUUGCUCAUGCCAAUCCCUUGACUGUACUUCGAACAAUUGUUCAGCAGAUUGAGGCCUACCGAGAUAUGAUCAUGCCAGUUGUGGAUGCAUUUAAAUACUUGACACAGCUGGAGUAUGAUGUCUUGGAAUAUGUAGUGAUAGAGCGGUUGGCUCAAAGUGGUCGUGAGAAGCUCAAAGAUGAUGGGCUUAACUUGUCAGAUUGGCUUCAAUCCCUGGCUUCAUUUUGGGGGCAUCUGUGUAAGAAGUACCCUUCAAUGGAGCUUAGGGGACUAUUUCAAUAUCUUAUCAACCAAUUAAAAAGGGGUCAAGGAAUUGAACUUCUUCUACUACAGGAGUUGAUACAACAAAUGGCGAAUGUUCAAUACACGGAAAACAUGACAGAGGAGCAGCUGGACUCAAUGGCUGGUGGUGACACUUUGCGAUAUCUGGCCACAUCUUAUGGCAUUAGCCGAAAUAAUAAGGCACUUAUUAAAUCCACUAAUAGACUGAGAGACUCCUUGGUUCCAAAGGAAGAACCAAAGCUGGCAAUUCCUCUUCUGCUGCUAAUUGCACAAUACCGUUCUUUGGUUGUUAUCAAUGCGGAUGCACCUUAUAUAAAAAUGGUAAGUGAGCAGUUUGACAGAUGCCAUGGGGUUCUUCUUCAGUAUGUGGAUUUCCUUUGUAGUGCUGUCAGUCCAGCAACUGCUUAUGCACAACUAGUACCCACUCUUGAUGAUCUUGUUCAUCAAUACCACCUUGAUCCUGAGGUGGCCUUCUUGAUCUAUCGACCAGUUAUGAGGCUUUUCAGGCAUCACAAUAGCUCCAUCUCAUGGCCUUUAUGUGAUCAUGAUGAGCCAAGUGAUGCUGGUAACCUAGUUUUGGAUCUUGGACCAUCUCAUAAUUCUGCGAGAUGGCUUGAUCUUCUUGAUACAAUUAGAACUAUGUUGCCAUCAAAGGCAUGGAACAGCCUUUCGCCGGAUCUAUAUGCAACUUUUUGGGGUCUCUCCUUGUAUGAUCUUUAUGUUCCUCGGAGGCGCUACGAGUCUGAGAUUGCUAAACAGCAUGCUGCUCUAAAGGCUCUGGAAGAGAUCUCUGAUAAUUCAGGUUCUGCAAUUGCAAAAAGGAAGAAAGAUAAAGAGCGGAUACAGGAGUCCUUGGAUCGGCUCAUGAGUGAGCUCCAAAAACAUGAGGAGAAUGUCGCUUCUGUGCACAAGAGGCUUGCAAAUGAAAAAGAUAAGUGGUUGAGUUCUUGUCCUGAUACAUUGAAGAUAAACAUGGAGUUCCUGCAGCGAUGUAUUUUUCCACGAUGUAUCUUCAGCAUGCCAGAUGCUGUCUAUUGUGCAAUGUUCGUUCAUACUCUUCACUCCUUGGGGACACCUUUUUUUAACACAGUCAACCAUAUUGAUGUUUUAAUUUGUAAAACGUUGCACCCAAUGAUAUGCUGCUGUACUGAGUAUGAGGCUGCUAGACUCGGCAGAUUUUUGUUUGAAACGCUGAAAAUUGCUUACUUUUGGAAGAGUGAUGAAUCAGUUUAUGAACGUGAAUGUGGUAACAUGCCGGGAUUCGCAGUUUAUUACAGAUAUCCAAAUAGUCAACGGGUUACAUACGGCCAAUUCAUUAAGGUGCAUUGGAAGUGGAGUCAAAGAAUCACUCGACUGUUGAUACAGUGCUUGGAGUCUGCAGAAUAUAUGGAAAUUCGAAAUGCACUCAUAAUGCUGACAAAAAUAUCCAUUGUAUUUCCAGUUACAAGGAAAAGUGGAAUAAACAUUGAGAAACGAGUGGCGAAGAUCAAAGGUGAUGAAAGAGAAGAUUUGAAGGUUUUAGCCACUGGCGUUGCGGCUGCUUUGGCUGCUAGAAAGCCAUCUUGGGUCACCGAAGAUGAAUUUGGGAUGGGAUAUCUUGAACUUAAACCUGCCCCAUCAGUGGCUCCAAAGUCUUCAACAGGUAAUGGUUCAGGAAUUGGUGUUUCUCAAAGUGAACCCACUGGGGGAAGAGUUACCUCUGAAGCUCAACCUUUGGAUUCAGGCAAUUCCCUGAAAGAUCAAGCGUGCCGAUCGAAGCCUAUUGAUGGGAGAUCAGAGAGGCCAGAAAGUGUUUCAGGAAGUGCUAAGAAAGGUGGUUCAAUGGCUAAUGGACCAGAUUUGCAGCCAACAGGCACACAGGUCGGAUUAUUAAGGUUAUCGGAGAGUCAAAAGCAGGUAGAUGAGUCUUUAAGCAAGAUUGUGGAAGAAAAUGUCGCAAAAGGAGUCUCAAAGUCGUCUGCUGACAGUGAGCAAAAAAAUGCUGCAAAACGAGGUUCAGCUGCAGUUGGUUCAAAGCCACUUAAACAAGAGCCUAAAGACGAUACUAAGUCAGCUAAAGUUGGGAGAACAAGUGGUGCAUCUGGAAGCGAGAGAGAUCAUAUAAGUCAUCCUACAGAGGGCAGACAAAUUGGGCAAGCUAAUGUUUCGUCUGGCUCUGUUACUAAUGGUAAUUUAGCUCCUCCGUCUAAAGGCUUGGCUUCAUUGACACGAGUUGAGAUUGAAGCUAAUGAUUUGCGGUCAGAAGUUGGGCCCACAAAGUCCUCUAAUCUAAAGGGUGUUUUGAGGGAUGAUGGUACUGAUCUACCUGAUUUAUCUCGGCCUACACAUUCUCGUUCAGCUCAUUCUCCUCGACAUGAUGCUGGUGCUAAGCCUAUUGAGAGACAACAAAAAAGGAAUAGUCCUGCAGAAGAACCAGAUAGGCUACACAAACGGAGAAAAGGUGAUCCUGAGAUGAGAGAUGUUGAGGUCGAUGUUCGAUUGACGGAUCGAGAGAGAACAGUUGAGCAAAAAAUACUGGACAAAUCCUACCCUUCCGAGGUGGAUAAGGCAGGGACUGAGGAAUUAGCUUUCAGUUUGGUUGCUGAUAAACAUGCAGAUAGGACAAAGGAGAAAACUACUGAAAAAUAUGAGAGAGAAUAUAGAGAAAGAUCUGAGCGCAAUGACAAACUUCGCAGUGAUGAUACUUCUGAAAAGUCAAGAGCCAGAUCAAUGGAGCGAUAUGGAAGAGAGCAUUCAGUUGAAAGAGUACCUGAGCGGAGGAUUGAUAGGGGUUUUGAUGGCCUUAAUGAUAAGGCCAGGGAUGAAAGAAGCAAGGAUGACAGAACUAAACCGCGUUACAACGAAGUAUCUAGUGAAAAAUCUCAUAGUGAUGAUCGAUUUCAUUGUCAGAAUUUGCCACCUCCGCCCCCUUUGCCACCGCAUGUGGUUCCACAAUCUGUUAAUGCAAGUCGAAGAGAUGAAGAUGUUGAAAGAAGAUUUCCGACUGCUAGACAUGCUCAAAGGCUUUCUCCUAGACAUGAAGAAAAAGAACGUCGACGGUCAGAGGAAAGCUUGCUAACUGCGCAAGAUGAUUCCAGGCGCAGAAGAGAAGAUGACCUUAGAGAUAGAAAGCGUGAAGAACGAGAGACAUCGACGAUGAAGGUCGAAGAGAGAGAACGGGAAAAAGAGAAGGAAAAGGAAAGAGAACGAGAGAGAGAUAGAGCAAGCGUUUCGAAAGAGGAAAUAGAUUCAACUGCAGCGUCAAAGCGACGGAAACUUAAAAGGGAACAUAUUCCUGGUGGGGAACCUGGUGAGUAUACCCCUGUUGCUCCACAACCCCCAAUUUCCAUUGGCAUGUCGCAGCCGUAUGAUGCUAGGGAAAGAGGAGAUAGGAAAGGCUCAAUGAUUCAGCGUCCAACAUACUUUGAGGAACCAGUUAUGAGGAUGCAUGUGAAAGAACCAGCAAGCAAGAUGGCACGACGUGAUGUUGACCCAAUAUAUGAACGUGACUGGGAUGAUGAGAAAAGACAGAGAGUUGAAGCAAAACGCCGACACAGGAAAUGAUUUAUCAGGCAAUAGAAGAUGUGUGUUUCAGCGUGUUGCUUAGUGCGUAGCAUGAACCUGUUUUGGCUAUGUAGCAAGAGUAAAAUAUUCUGCUGGAUUAUUUCCUCUGAUGUUUCAGAAUUUUGUCCAAUGUUCUAUAUUCUAUUUUGACCCAAAUGUAGGUGAACUUUGAUCUUUGAUAUGAUCGUGUUGUAAUUGAUAUCAUAACUGAACUGUUUACAGAA